CUGUUCUUAUAGCGCGAGUGUAUCUCCAUUCACGUGGGACAAGCAGGUGUACAGAUUGGAAAUGCCUGCUGGGAACUCUACUGUCUUGAGCAUGGAAUUCAGCCGGAUGGGCAAAUGCCAAGUGAUAAAACUGUUGGUGGAGGCGAUGACUCAUUCAACACCUUUUUCAGUGAGACUGGUGCAGGAAAACAUGUGCCCAGAGCAGUGUUUGUGGACCUCGAGCCCACAGUUGUUGAUGAAGUUCGUACAGGAACAUACAGACAACUGUUUCACCCUGAGCAGCUUAUAACAGGAAAAGAGGAUGCUGCAAACAACUAUGCAAGAGGCCAUUACACCAUUGGCAAGGAGAUUGUAGACUUGGUGUUAGACCGUGUUCGCAAGCUGUCUGACCAGUGCACAGGACUCCAGGGCUUCCUCAUCUUCCAUAGCUUUGGUGGAGGGACCGGGUCCGGCUUUGCUUCUCUGUUGAUGGAGAGGCUGUCAGUGGACUAUGGCAAGAAAUCCAAACUUGAGUUUGCCAUCUACCCUGCACCUCAGGUUUCUACUGCUGUUGUAGAGCCAUACAAUUCCAUCCUCACCACCCACACCACCCUGGAGCACUCUGACUGUGCCUUCAUGGUGGACAAUGAGGCAAUUUAUGAUAUUUGCCGUCGCAAUCUAGACAUCGAACGCCCUACGUACACCAACCUUAACAGGCUCAUUGGCCAGAUAGUUUCCUCAAUCACUGCGUCCCUUCGCUUUGACGGCGCUCUCAAUGUGGAUUUGACAGAGUUCCAGACCAACCUGGUCCCUUAUCCACGCAUCCAUUUUCCGCUGGUAACCUACGCCCCAGUCAUCUCUGCUGAGAAGGCUUACCACGAGCAGCUGUCAGUUGCAGAGAUAACCAAUGCCUGCUUUGAGCCUGCCAAUCAGAUGGUGAAGUGUGACCCUCGUCAUGGAAAGUACAUGGCCUGUUGCAUGCUGUACCGAGGUGAUGUUGUUCCCAAGGAUGUCAAUGCAGCCAUUGCCACCAUAAAGACCAAGAGAACAAUUCAGUUUGUAGACUGGUGUCCAACAGGCUUCAAGGUUGGCAUCAACUACCAGCCACCCACUGUGGUCCCAGGGGGUGACCUGGCCAAGGUGCAAAGGGCAGUCUGCAUGCUGAGCAACACCACAGCCAUUGCUGAAGCCUGGGCCCGUCUGGAUCACAAGUUUGAUCUGAUGUACGCCAAAAGAGCUUUUGUCCACUGGUAUGUUGGAGAGGGCAUGGAGGAAGGAGAGUUCUCUGAAGCCCGAGAAGAUCUGGCUGCACUGGAGAAAGAUUACGAGGAGGUGGGAGUUGAUUCAGUGGAGGGUGAAGCCGAGGAAGGAGAGGAGUAG